AUGGCCCCAAAACAGUUUCCCGAGCUUAACAAGAUCCAGGAAGAGCAAUUGAAGGCCAGUCUCCAGCAAUGGUCUCUCUCCAAUGGCUUGGUGAUGUAUCCUCCCAACUUUGACUCUUUUCAAGUAAAUGUGGCUCCAAUUACGCUAUUCCCCACACCAAUCCCUAGACAUUGCUUUGACGAUGCAGUUGCAGUACAAAAAAUAUUCAAUGAGCUCUAUAUAAACGUGGUUGCAAAGGAAACAAAGUGGCUUGUCGAGAUUCUUACUGACUUGGCACGCUUCGAUCCCGAAUUCACUGGCAGAUUGUUCAAGAUCUACCAAGAACUGAUAGCCGAUGGUGUAUUACAACCAUUAUCGUUGGGUAUUUUCAGGUCCGACUAUAUGGUGGAUGCAACGCUUGACAAGAUUAAGCAGAUCGAGUUCAACACAGUGAGUGUCUCAUUUGGUGGAUUGUCAACAAAAAUUGGAGAGCUUCAUCAAUUCUUGAAUGCUACAGGACUCUAUGAUAACAAGUACAACUACAAAUACUACGAAGACGACGAGAUAAAAGCUUCUCCUUCAGUGGACGAAAUUGCUGACGGAUUAGCAGAUGGAAAUUACUACUACAAUGAAGAGAAAAACAGCACUGGUACCAUAGUCUUGGUUGUUGUGCAGCCAAAUGAACGCAAUAGUUUUGACCAGAAAUUGGUGGAGUAUUCUCUUUUUCAAAGGCACAAAAUUCGGUCGUAUAGGGUGACAUUGGAGGAUAUUGAAUCCGAAAUCACGGUGAGCGGGGAUGGCAAAUUGUAUGUGAAGGAGACAAUGGAUGAGAUAUCUGUUGUGUAUUAUAGGUCAGGGUAUGGUCCUGGUGACUAUGACGUUAAUUCUGAAAAGACAUGGCAAGGACGGUUGAUUUUGGAAAAGUCUAGGGCCAUCAAGUGCCCUUCAAUCUUGACACAAUUAUCCGGUUCAAAGAAAGUACAACAAUUGUUGACAGACAAGAAAGUUAUCAACAAACUAUUACCAAGUAUAUCUAGCUCUGAGCUUGAGUUAUUGCUUUCGACUUUUGUGGACAUCCUCCCACUCGAUGAUGAUGAUUCAGAAGAAGGUGCUUCUUUAGCCAAGAAAUUGGCAUUUGAGGAGCCGCAGAAUUACGUUUUAAAGCCGCAGCGAGAAGGCGGUGGUAACAACAUUUAUAAGUCUGAAAUACCUAAAUUUUUAAACAAAUUGAAGAAAGAAGAGUGGGGCGCCUACAUCUUGAUGAAGUUGAUUAACCCGCAAACUUACAAGAACAAGAUCAUUAGAAACAAUGAUAUAUACCACGAAGAUAUCAUAUCGGAGCUAGGUAUAUUCGGUACCACAGUGUUCAAUGAAGAAACCGGAGAGAUUAAAACCAACAAGAAUGCUGGCUGGUUAUUGCGGUCCAAGUUUGAGACGAGCAACGAAGGAGGUGUUGCAGCCGGGUUUGGAUGCGUCGACAAUGUUUAUUUAUAUUAG